GUCUCCCUGCGGGACACGACGGGGGCCACCGCGGCCCACGAUAUCACCAGUCCCAAGUCCAUACCCGAGUAUGACACGUCGGCUAUGGAUGGUUAUGCCAUUCACUCACACACCACAGCGAACGCGUCUCCUGUGACCCCAGUGCUUUUCAGGGUGCAGGGAAGUCUAGCAGCAGGGGAUGAUCCGCGAAGCAUUUCCUGGCCUACUCCCAACACGGUUGACGAAAUGGAGUUGAACUCGUGCGUGGAGAUCAUGACAGGCGCCAUCUUUCCUGAUCGUGCAUCAACGGGAAAGCCGUACGACGCCUGUGUCAGAGUAGAGGAUGCCAAGAUCGUGGACACACCGCUACAUGGAGGCGGUAGAACCAUCGCUGUAUCACACCCGGUUACGCCAGGCGUUAACAAGAGGUUGGCCGGCAAUGACAUCCGCGAAGGAGAUGUCAUGGUCAGAAAGGGGCAGGUAAUCCGGCCAGCACACAUCCUAGCGCUGGCCGCUGUCGGGAUUCAGUCGAUUCCGGUUGUACCAAAACUCCGUGUAGCCAUCGUGUCAACGGGGAGGGAACUGAUCAACGGAAAAGGAGCCACAAAGGACGCCAACGGCCCGUAUCUAACAGUGGCUAUCAGAGAAAUGGGCGCAGAUGCGGAUUUUGUCGGCAUUAUCGGCGACGACCCGACAGCUUUACAGGACCACGUCCAGAACCUGGUCGACUCGGGUUUGUACGAUCUCAUCUUGACAAGCGGCGCCGUCUCGAAGGGCAGGUUUGAUCACGUCAGGGCCGUUCUCGACAAGACCAAGGCGGAGAUUAUCUUCCAUGGCUUGGCCAUUCGACCUGGCCACCCCGUGUUAUUCGCACUCUUGCCUGAAAAGAAGGGCAGGAGAAUUCCUCUGUUCGGCCUGCCGGGCAACCCCGGGGCAGCAGCCGCCUGCUUUCGGCUUCUGACGGUGCCCUACCUCCGAGCCGUCCAGGGGCAACCGAUGGAACAGCCCAUCCGAGCAGUCUUGCAGUCCGAAUGCGCGCGGAAAACAACACACCCGCCACCGGGGACGGACUGGUUCCGACACGGCACCCUCUCGGCGUCGUCCACCGGACAGCUGACGGUCCAUCCGACCCCCGAACAAAGCCCCGCCAAGCUGGGUCCCUUUCUCUCGGCCAACUGCUGGAUC